AACAUUCGUAGCAAUCAUAUGUUUUCCGGGCAGUAUUUAAUUAAAGUGUAUGUGAGAUUCUUCUUGUUUUUCCAGUUUAAAAUUCUUCUCAACAAAUAUUUUGAUUUGUUUAAAAUAUCACCUCAAAAAAGGACACACAGUGGUAUAUAAAAAGUGUCUUGAGAAAAGCGCAAAUAAAUGAAAUUUCGUAAAUAUUACUAAGUCAAGGUCGCGUGCGACAAAAGCUGCACUGAAACGAAUCGGUGUAUCAAAUCGAAAGAAUUUAUCGUGAAUGUGUGUUAUUCACGCAAAGGGCAAUGCAGCAAAGACUGGGACAACUUCAAUUGCAGGAGAAGCAGAUAAAUUAUACGUCACAAUUAACAUUGUUAGACAAAAUAAACAACCAUAGAGUAAAGUUGCGUCACCUGCCGGUAUAGGUGCUGAUUCAAUUUACGGUGCGGCAAAUACUUAUUUACACAUUUUACGCUUUCAAUCGGUGCUUGAAAAACAAACUCAAAAGUGCAAAAUCAUGUCCACAACGUUGGAGGGAACACUUAGUAAAUGGACAAAUGUGAUGAAAGGCUGGCAAUAUCGCUUUUUCGUGCUGGACGAGAAUGCUGGCCUAUUGUCAUACUAUACGUCCAAGGAGAAAAUGAUGAAAGGUGUACGUCGCGGCUGCGUGCGCCUCAAAGAUGCUGUUAUCGGCAUAGACGAUCAAGAGGAUAACACCUUCACAAUAACUGUGGACCACAAGACAUUUCACUUUCAGGCGCAACACAGCGAAGAACGCGAAAAGUGGGUUAGACGACUUGAGGACACCAUACGACGGCAUGCGAAUCGCUCUCGUCUGUGGGACAAUCAAAGCACUUUCUACCUUGGCGGCUAUCAGAAGGAUGUGGUAGGCAACAAACGUGCAAACCACUUGGAAUUACUCGGACGGCGUGUGUCGGAAGCGGACGCAUACUUGCAGUUAAUCAUUGAGCAGACGAAUAAAAUCAACGCACGCAUUGAGAAUAUAACGGAUGCUGAGGAAAAGGCCAAGUGCAAAGCGCUGCAGGAUAACGCCAAUGCCAUGCUGGAUCAUAUCAAACAUUCUAUUGUAAGUCUACAAAUUGCCAAAAAUAUGGCGCAUCCAAUCAACGGCAUCUACAAUGGACCCAUAAUUGUGAGCACCGACAGCAACAGUGCCACCGCCAGUCCGACCAGCACGAAUGCGGGCACAUCUGUUGGCGCAACAACAGCGGCGAAGGUGGCGCCACUCAAUAGUGCUGCGGAUGCGGCAGCGAGUGGCAAACUGGAUGCGAGCGGUGGCGAGGAGGAGGACGAUUCCACCACGGAGAAUGGCUUAUUGCCGCAAACACUGCCACAUGCUGCCGCCGAUGUGCAUGAACUUGAACAACAAUGCAGCCAAUAUAAACAACAACAACAACAGGCGGAACAACAAUACCAACAAUUACGCUUCCGUUAUCAAUACUCACAUCAAUACAGCAACAACAACGUCGGCAUGUCUGGUCCCAUCGCCACCAGCAUCGAUAUCGUUGACAUAAUCGCCGAUGGCAUUGCGUACGGCACUGCGGCCGAUAUUGCCACCGGUGCGUUUGGUGCAACAACCGCUCCACUCGCUGUAGAUGUGCCUGAGACCUCGUAUUCCAGCAGCGAAGAUGAGGAAGAUUUCUAUGAUGCAAACGAUGAUCCAUUCACUAGUAUGGGAAAUUCGCCGAGCUACGCCACGCGUGGCUUUUCCGUGGAAACCACAUCGCCAACCUAUGAAAAUGCACCGGAAACACAACCACAAAAGGGUAGCGCCUCAGUGGACGCCAGCGCCAAGUCUUCGAUUGUCGAUCGUCUGGAUGAUUAUCAAACAGCAUUGACAACGGUAGCAGAGACUUUGCCCGCCGGUACGCCGACCAGCGCUACAUCGUCGACGGCGCAACCGUUAAGUGGCGCUAAAACAUUCCAAAAGUACGGCGACGAUGAUGGAUCCAUCGAUUAUGAUGCACUCUACGAAGAGGAGGAGGACUCGACGAUCAGCAUGGAAGCGCACGGUUCAAUGAUUUCACAUCUCAUAUCACAAGUCAAGAUAGGUAUGGACCUGACGAAGGUCGUGCUACCCACUUUCAUCUUGGAGCGACGCUCAUUGUUGGAGAUGUACGCCGAUUACUUUGCACAUCCGGAUCUCUUUCUACGAAUUGCUGAGAUGGAAUCGCCACGCGAACGCAUUGUAGAGACAUGUCGGUGGUAUUUGAGUGCCUAUCAUGCUGGUCGUAAAAGUGCGGUGGCCAAAAAACCAUAUAAUCCCAUAUUGGGCGAGGUGUUUCAAUGCUAUUGGGAUUUGCCAGGCGAAACACCCGAUGCGCAAGUAGUUAAUGAUGGACCUGUGCCCUGGUGUCAUCGCAAUCAGCUGACGUUCUUAGCCGAACAGGUUUCGCAUCAUCCGCCAAUUUCCGCCUUCUAUGCUGAGCAUGUCAAUAAGAAAAUUACAUUUUCCGCGCACGUUUGGACGAAAUCGAAAUUUCUGGGCCUUUCAAUUGGCGUACACAAUAUCGGUGAAGGUAUUGUGACGCUGGUGGAUCACAGUGAGGAAUAUAUUGUCACGUUUCCGAAUGGCUACGGCAGAUCUAUUUUAACCGUCCCUUGGAUCGAAUUGGGUGGCACCGUCGAAAUACGUUGCCCGCAAACCGGUUAUCACGCCACAAUUGAGUUCUUAACCAAGCCAUUUUAUGGCGGCAAGCGCAACAAAGUGACGGCUGAGAUUUACGCGCCCAAUGAGAAGAAACCGUUUGUUUCGAUAGCGGGCGAGUGGAGCGGCCUCAUGGAAGCCAAGUGGCAUGAUAAAAAUAAAACUGAAGUAUUCGUAGACGUAAAUCGUAUUCCAAUAUUUAAGAAACAAGUUCGACCAAUCGUUGAACAAGAAGAAUAUGAAUCCAGACGCGUUUGGAAGGAAGUGACCGCGGGACUCAAAUUUAAUGACAUCGAAAAGGCCACAAAUGCUAAAUGCGCCGUGGAACAAAUACAACGUGAUGAAGCGAAGAAUCGCAAAGACACAGAAACACAGUGGGAACACAAGUAUUUCCGGCCCGUUGGCGAUAACUGGAUCUACGCAAAGCCACUUAGCCAGCGCGUUUAUCAGCAAGAGAAGGAGAGCAAAAGAUAAUAAAGAUGUCACGGCAAUCAAACACCAGGCACCGAGACCGAAACUCCGACGACAAGUGAAGAUAAAUUGGAAGAAGAACAAGAGCAAGACUAAAAAGAUUACAAAUAAACUAGUAAAAUGGUGUAAAUGUAUGCGAAAGCAGCUGAUGUGUGUGUGAAAGGCGAUUUAUAAGCUGUAGCACGCAUACAAGCAUUCAUAUCAAAGAACGUGCCGACUUGAAGAGCUGACGAUUACGAAGGCCUCCAAGCCAGAGGAGUAUAGUGGAGUGCACACAGAAAGCUCACACCCCAGUACACUACUAUAAUUUAAGAUGCUGUCAUGAUGUGCUACAUUUCAGAAAUGUUUGUAGUUACCUACGAAGACACACGACGCAAAGGACAACGAAGACGGAUGUAAAAUGCAAAUAGAAAUAGAAAUGAUGUAAACGAAAUAGACAAUGCUGUGAGGUACAAUAUUCCUGCAUCCCCCCGGAGUACUUUUGGACAGCAUUAUAUUACCGACUAGGUGCAAUAUGUAGAUGCACCGUUAUGUCUGUAUGGGCACGCAUGUGGUGUGGCGAGCGUGUGCGAAAUCCGAAAUGGUUGUGUGACGGUCGAAAGAGUUACGGAUGUGCGCCGUUGAUAAAUAUACAUACAAACAAACAAAGAUAUGUGAACCAGUAGCUGUUAAGCCAAUGUUGCCGGAACAUAUAAAAAAUCGUAUUAAAAUAGGUUAAAUGCAAAUAAAAUUUACAAUUUACUUUAUUGAAGAAACCAACAAACUGAUAACCAACCACAAUUUAAUAUAGCACUCGUAAGGCAUUUUAAGUGAAAUUGUAAAAAUUAACUAAAAUACACGAAAACAACAACAAAAUUCGCCAAUGCAAUAAGGCGAGCAAACGUACAUAUAAAUACAUACAUACAUACAUUUAGUAAAAGUGUAACGAAGCAAGUGAAAAUUGAAUAAAAAUAAAAAUUAAAAAGAAAUAUAAAUUAAACAAAACUUACAAUAAGAACAAUGUGCACAAGCACAACUUCUUCGCGUUCAUAUCGCUGCUGGCGCAUAUCGUCGCCUAGAAUGCAAAAUAACGUAACCUAACUUUUCAUAAGUUUACAGACAAAGGAAAAACGAUAAAAUAGAAACCACUCAAAUUGAAACAAAAUUUGAGUUUUGGUUAUAAAAUGGUUAUAUAUUGGUUAUUGUAUCAGAUAGCGAUUUUCGAUUUGUUUUUGACGAUUGGGUUGUUUUGCAUUUUAGGUGACGACAUAUAAUGUAAUGGAAAACCUUACAUACACAGUACGAAAACAUAUGCGUUGCGUUUGAAGUACUAUAAAAUCUAGCAUUAACGCUUCUAGACUUAAAAAAAACACAUAAAUACACAUACAUAUACAUAUAUAGCAAUUCUAUUUUUCAUAUGUGAGUCAAAAAGUAUAACAAAACGUUAGAAAAUAAUUGAAUAAUCAAAAACGCACUUCACUUGGUUCGCACUUUUGCUAAUUUGCUGUAAAUUGCGAGCGAAAAAAAUUAUUUAAAAAGCAAAAAUUGUAAUUUAAAAAAACAAAUACAUAAUUUUGAUUGCAAAAAACAUAUAAAUAUACUAGUUAUGUUCUAAUAGCGCGCAUUAAUAUUGUAAAUUUGAUUAAUGUAUAAAUUUGGCGCCGCAAUAAUGUCUUCAACUAAUUUCUAACCUUAAAAUUUAAAAAUUUUUUGCUAAGCCUAAAUUCAAAAUAUACAAUACCUGCAAGCGCAUGCGCAUGCAAUAACUAAUGUAUACAAUCAAAUUGAAUUUGUAAUAUACGCCACACACCUACAUACAUACAGACAUGCCUACAAAUAAUGGUUCUCAGCUAAACUACCGAAAUUAUGCCUUUCCCCACUUAACGCUUAAAGCUAAACAAACUAUCUUUCAUUUCUAACUAAUAUGCUUAAUAAUACUCCGUAAACGUUUGCUGCCUGCACCACCAAGCAAUUGCAAAAGAAAACUUUAAAAAACACGUUUUUCUUUACAAAACAAUUGCAAAUUUCAAAAAUAAUAUUUUAUGAUUUUGAAUUUUCUUUAAAAAAUCUGACACUUUUUCUUUACAAAAAACCUUAAAAUUUCAACAACAAAAAAUAAUUUUAUAAUUUAAAUUUUUAAAUUUUCUAUCAAUCAACUGGUCAAGCAAUUUAAAAAAUACAACUUUAAAAACGCUUUUUUCUUUACAUAUAAAUAUAAAAACUUAAAAAAAUUUUUUUUUUUUUUAGAAUUAAAAAUUUUGUUUAAAAAAACUGGCUACUCUAUUAAAAGAAACCAUUUUUUACAAAAAAAAUUUAAAUAAAUAAAAUAUUUUAUGAUUUUGAAUUUUUAAAUUCAAAUCAUCUGGCCAAGCAAUUUAAAAAAGACAACUUUAAAAACACUUUUCUUUACAAAAAAAAAACGUAAAAUUAAAAAUAUAAUAAUUUUAACAAAAAACACUUUUUUCUUUACAAAAAAAACUUAAAAUUAAAAAAUAAUAAUAAUUUUAUGAUUUUGAAUUUUUAAAUUCAAUCAACCAUCUGGCUACUCUGUUAAAAAUAGCUUUCGUCUUUACAAAAAAGAACUAAAAUUAAAAUUAUUUUGCGAUUUUGAAUUUUUAAAUUUUCUUUCAAAAAUAUGGCCACUCUGUUAAAUAUUACAAAGAUUUCAAACAAACAUCGUAAGCAGCAAAAAAACAACAGCAAUUGUGUCAUAUACAUAUGUAUGUACAUAUGUAUAACUAACUUUUUAACAAAACAAAGCACACGGCCUCUCGUUCUCCUCUUUUUACUACUUUACUGCAUAACAAACCUUAAAUAUUUCAAUAUCCACCAUUUGCAAAAAAUUGUAAACAAUUAACGUAAAAAAUUAAUAAAAAGAAAUCUAACAAACUCAUUUAUUUAUACAUACAUGCUAUGUAUAUUGAUAUAUUCUAAGAAUAUCCACAAAGUUAACAAAAGUAAAAGUAAAAUAAAUUUAAACAACAACAAAAACGUAUAAAAACAAAAUAUAAGACACCAAUAAAAGCAAAUUAAUCGAAAAUAUUGACGAACGCAAUCACCAAUAACGUUUGCACUUACGUUUUGUGCGUAAAGCAUUAACGUUCAAGUGAAAUUAUUCCAACUUAACCGUUUAACAAGCCUAAAAAGACUCUAAUAACCUACUCACUAAACCGAAAACACUAAAACACUCCUUUAUGUUGUUCAAAAAAUCAUUUUU